UGUUCCUGAAAGCCAGUGCUUACACUUCAUAUAAGACCUUCUCUGAUGUGGAGUAUGGAAGUGUUUGCUAUGGCUUUAACAGCAGAGUGUGAGGCAGUUUCUUUCUGCAAACAACUUAGAAGAAAAAAAAAGAGACUAUGUUCAGCUUCUUCCGAAAAAGUCAAGAUUCAAAGAAGGUUACAGUGCCAGAGAGAGAAGCAGAUGGAUUUGUUAUUGUGGGUGACACAAUUGAUGAUCAAAGUAGAGAGUCAAAGGAUAAAACCUCGUUUCCAGAGACCAGACCAAUGUACAACCAACCUCCACAGAUAAAUACAGGGCACCGAUCGCAGUUGACUGUAUCAAGUGCAGAGGUGGGAAAUGAAAGGAGUCAAAAUUUGGAAAGCAGCCCUUUCAUGUCAGAUCUUCUGAGUGACGUACCCUUUGCCCUAGCACCACAUGUGUUAGCAGUACAGGGCACCCAUAAUGACGUUCCUGACCGAUUGCUCACCUACGACAUCAAUGAUAAUUUAUCAAGAUUUUGGUAUGACUUUACACUUGAAAAUUCAGUGCUUUGUGAUUUGUAAUGUUUUCUUUGUUUUUUCUCUCUGUGUCAAGGAACAAGUCUUAAGGUGAAGAUAAAGACUUAUUUUAAUCAGCUUAAUAUUUUGGGGGCCUGCCACUGGUAUAUCAGAUGCAUUGGAUCAAAAGGAUCCAACUCACAACUGUGUUAUAUUUCUUAGCUUUAAGUGAACUGUAACUUACUAUGUUAAAUAUUCUGUUUAUCUCCAAAGAAAUCAAGCAAAAUUAUUUCAGCCUGAGUAGGAGACUGACUGUUGGUAUCUACUUCCAGUAGGCAGGCUGCAGACACAAACAUUUCAUAACUUUAAGAUGAAGUCUACGCACGUCUGCACUGUUUUGUUACUUCACUCAGAUACUAAAUACAUAGAUCCCGUUACACGUGCUUCUUUAAGAUCACCUCUGAUCUUCUGCAAUAGAAGGCAGUAUUAGCGCUAAAGCAACGCUGCUUUGCACUACUGGGCAGACAGCUUUCCAGUUAAACCAAGUUUUAAAACUCAGAGUUAAUUAUGAGUACUUAAAUAAUUAUGAAGACUUAAUAGAAUUGGUUAAACUUACCAAUUUCAAAGUGAAUCGGUUGCUCUGCUCCCUUUCCAGUAGAUGGUAUUUUUGUCCAUCUCAUUUUGUGCCUGGAGAAGUCCUCCCUGCCUGCCUGUUGGCUGCUGUUUGUUCUCAUUACCACAUGUGUUCCUGAUUUAUACAUAGAUCAGCUUUUCCAUUUUAACCUCUUUGCCCCCUGAAGAAGGAAAUCUCAGGACACGUACUUUUAAUGGUCACACCCUUCUUUUUUUAAUUUGUGUGCCAGAGAUACAGAUGGCAAUGUUUAACAACAGGAAAACAUUACAUUGUUUCUUAUGCAGCUAAAUUAAAUGGCUAAGUACCUAAACAUGCAUUCUCACAGACCACUGUGUCCCCUGCUCACAAGCUUUGAGCGUGUUUUUCCCGACUAAAACCAGAGCUGCUGUUGCAUGAGCAACAGCUCUCUGAGGUAACAUCAUGAUUUGUGAUGAAUAAUGAUCUGUGUCACACAAAAGACUACACUUGUUUUCUCUCUCGGGGUAGAAUAUUUAUAUUGUGCCAAAUGUUAGUGGGUAUUUUCAUGUAUUUUCUAUGUUCUGUGAUAGCUUAAAAUACAUAUAUUUUCAGACUUGCGUCCUCUUACAGUAUUUGAGAUAAAUACUGUAAAUGAUGGAGAAAUUACAUUGUGAAUACAUCUUAGGUUGUUAAAUAUUCAUGUUUUGUAUUUUUUAAAUGUAUGUAUUUAAUAUUUUUGACAGCUAUGUUCAUAAAUGUUUUGCAGUUAUUGUUUCAGGGAAAGUAUCUGUGCUGCACUCCAAUUAAAAAAAUGCUAAAU